GGGGAGACUUCGCCCGCACCUCUAUCAGUCUGCCCUGCAUCUUUCCACCGGACCGCAGUGGAUACAGCCGACUGUACACGAAUGCGACUGACAUACAGCACAAUGUAAAAUAGGUGUUUUCUACAGAGAGGGUUUCACAGGUACGUUUGUUUGGAGGAGCACCGCACAAAGCGCGAUCGUUCCCUGGCUUUUUCCUCCGCGCUCGCUCUUACCUCAGCGGCAGCCCCUAAGUGGGAUGCGGGAUACGCAGCAUCACCGGUGCAGUUAGAAUAAUCCCAACAGAUAAACCUUGCAGUUCAGCGGGCCUAUCAGAUUUUAAGGCAACUGGUUUUCUAAAGGCUGAGCAGGGAGAGUAAAACUGCUCGCUGGUGUGUGUGGGGGGGGGGAAGAAAAAGACACUGCUUUUCUCCGGGAGAUAAAGUGAGGAGGGAUUUUCCAACUAACGGAGAUGUGGCUGUUUUUCCACUGUCCUAUAAAGCGGGAAAUGAUUUGGUCAUCCAAAGAUCAGAUUUAAACUGGACUGCUCUUGAUCUUAUCAGUAACACAUUUUAUCUGCCCGUUUAUCUGCCCUGGGAGUCUCGGUGGUGGAGGGAGACGCGGAGCAAGAUCCAGAGAACUAUACAGAGGAAAACUGAGUUACUCUUCAAUUACGCUUUUUCUUGCAAAUUGACGUGUUUCUGGGCAGCGGACGUAAUGCAAAAGUAAGGGAGAAUAUUGGAAACGCAGACAAGACGCAGCACAGAGUGCCUGUAAGUAGCAGCUCCAUCUUCUUUUCCUUGUGUGUGUACCCUCUGCAAGAGCGGGGACACAUACUAUAUGUGUAUGUGAGAUGAGGAGGAGCUAAGUGGCUACCACAACCACCUAGAUCAGACAGCCUCCUGUGCUCCAAGAUGGAUUAGAGCCCCACACCUCAGGAGAUCAAAGGUGGCUGUGACAGGGGCACCCCCGGGGCAGGACCCAUGAGGAGUCAUAGAAGAUGCUCACAGCCUGGGCGCUUCUGCUCUUCUUAGCCAUGUGGGUGAGAAGCACCUUUGGUGGCCCGCUCUCCUUUCGAAUAGCUGCCAUCCUUGAUGACCCUAUGGAGUGCAGCAGAGGAGAGCGUCUGGCUAUCACGCUGGCCAAAGACAGCAUCAACAGGAGCAGUAACCGCUCCAUCACUGGCAAGCUGGAGGUGGACAUCUUUGAACUGCUGAGAGACAGCGAAUAUGAGAUGGGGGAAACAAUGUGCCAGAUCAUGUCCAAAGGGGUGGUGGCAGUCCUUGGUCCAUCUGCCAGUCCAGCUUCCAACUCAAUCAUCAGCAAUAUAUGUGGAGAGAAGGAGGUGCCCUAUGUCAAGGUGGCUCCAGAGGACAUUUUGAAGGUUCAUUUCCCCCGCUUCACCACUUUGGACCUGAGACCAACAAACACCGACAUCAGCCUGGCCGUGGCCGGCCUUCUCACCUUCUUCAACAGCACCACCGCCUGCCUCAUCUGUGCCCAGGCCGACUGCUUAUUAAACCUGGAGCAGCUCCUCAGGCAGUUCCUCAUCUCCAAGGAGACUCUGUCUGUGCGCAUGCUUGAUGACAGCCAGGACCCGACCCCACUCCUAAAGGAGAUUCGAGAUGACAAGACUCCCACCAUAAUAGUCGAUGCCAAUGCCACAAUGUCACAUAUCAUUUUGGAGCGGGCAUCAGAGCUGGGAAUGCUGUCAGUCUACUACACUUACAUCUUCACCUCUCUGGAAUUCUCUUUACUCCGACUGGACGACGUGGCGGACCAGCGAGUCAACAUAGUUGGUUUUUCCGUCUUCAACAAAACUCAUCCCUUCUUCCAGGAUUUUGCGCUAAGCCUCAACCGCUCCUGGCAAGAGAACUGUGACCACGCACCCUUCGCCGGCACACCGCUCUCGUCAGCUUUGCUCUUUGAUGCGGUAUACGCUGUGGUGGCGGCGGUCCAGGAGUUGAACCGUAGCCAGAACGUCGGAGCCACUCAGCUCUCCUGCAAGUCCUCCAAGAUCUGGGAGCACGGCACCAGCCUCAUGAAUUACCUGAGGAUGGUAGAAUUGGAAGGUCUAACAGGGCACAUUGAAUUCAACAGCAAAGGACAGCGGUCUAACUACGCCCUGAGGAUCAUGCAGAACAGCAAGGACGGCCUAAGGCAGAUUGGCCUGUGGCACUCUGAAGAUGGACUGUCCAUGGAGAGAAAGCUUCCAUCUAUCAAUGUGACGGACACCCUCUUCAACACGACUCUUAUCAUCACAACAAUACUGGAGAAUCCGUAUGUGAUGCUCCGACAGAACCACCAAGAACUCGAGGGAAAUGACCGCUAUGAGGGCUUCUGUGUGGACAUGCUGAAGGAGCUGGCAGAUAUUCUCAAGUUUAAGUAUCGCAUCCGGCUGGUGGGGGACGGCGUCUACGGUGUUCCCGGAGCUAACGGAACAUGGACGGGCAUGGUUGGAGAGUUAAUCUCAAGAAAAGCAGACCUGGCAGUUGCAGGCCUGACCAUCACAGCAGAGCGUGAAAAGGUGAUUGACUUCUCCAAGCCUUUCAUGACCCUUGGUAUCAGCAUCAUGUACCGCGUCCACCUGGGACGUAGGCCAGGCUACUUCUCCUUCCUGGAUCCCUUCUCACCGGGUGUUUGGCUCUUCAUGCUUCUGGCCUACUUGGCUGUCAGUUGCAUUCUCUUUCUGGUGGCCAGGCUGACACCUUAUGAAUGGUACAACCCCCACCCUUGUUUAAAGGGACGCUGCAACCUGCUGAUCAACCAGUACUCGCUUGGCAACAGCUUCUGGUUCCCAGUUGGAGGCUUCAUGCAGCAAGGAUCCACCAUUGCUCCUAGAGCUCUGUCCACACGUUGUGUGAGCGGAGUGUGGUGGGCCUUCACAUUAAUCAUCAUCUCCUCCUACACCGCCAACCUGGCCGCCUUCCUAACAGUGCAGAGGAUGGAGGUACCGAUAGAGUCAGUAGAUGAUCUGGCAGAUCAGACGGCGAUAGAAUAUGGCACCAUGCACGGUGGAUCCACGAUGACCUUCUUCCAGAACUCCCGCUACCAGACGUACCAGCGCAUGUGGAACUUCAUGCAAUCAAAGCAGCCCAGCGUGUUUGUGAAGAGCACAGAGGAGGGGAUUGCCCGUGUCCUCAACUCUAACUACGCCUACUUGCUGGAGAGCACGAUGAAUGAGUACUACCGCCAGAGGAACUGCAACCUGACUCAGAUUGGAGGACUGUUGGACACUAAGGGCUAUGGUAUCGGCAUGCCGCUGGGGUCAGUGUACCGUGACGAGUUCGACCUAGCCAUCCUCAAACUGCAGGAGGACAAUCGUUUGGAGAUCCUGAAGAGGAAGUGGUGGGAUGGCGGCAAGUGUCCAAAAGAGGAGGACCACCGUGCUAAAGGUCUAGGAAUGGAGAACAUCGGGGGCAUCUUUGUGGUGCUGGUGUGUGGCCUGCUGGUGGCAAUCUUCAUGGCAGUGCUGGAGUUUGUCUGGAUGUUAAGGCACGCGCCAGGAAAUGAGCAGUCAGUGUGUGAGGAGAUGCUGCGGGAGCUCCAGGGGAUCGUUCUGUGUCGCGACAGCCUGCAGGCGAGGCGCCGCCGGGCGGCGUCAAUGCUGCGGCCACGGCCCUUACCUCUGGAGGAACGUCGGGCGCGAGCUGCCGCUGUCAGCCUCAGCAACGGAAAACUGUGCGGGGGCACGGGACUGCCUGAACCCCUUUCCCACAGACUGGCGCAGGAGGCUGCCCUGGUCGCGAGGGGGUGCAGCCACAUCCGCAUUUGUCCCGAGUGCAGACGCUUCCAAGGACUGAGGAUGCGCCCCACAGGGGGCCCAGGGGCCCUCCCAUCUCCCACUCACAGCGAGGAGAGCAUAGAGUGGGACAAGACCACAAAUAGCAGUGAACCUGAAUAACGCCCCACAAUUCCAGCAGGACUGCCUUUCCCAGCAGUCACCUCUCUUCUUUCCAGGGAUCAAAGAUCAUGUGGCAUUUUAAUUCUGCCAUCCAGAGUUUAUCCUUAAAGGACAGGACAAUGCUGUGGACUUUCUUUUACCCCUGAGGCAACCGCCAGCAGUGAGUUUUUGGAAUCUCUCCUUGGGCGAACUUUUUCCUUGGUCAUAGGAAAAACUGAUGAGUCUGUCUCGUUGUGGUCUGUCCCUGGUGGCCCUCUGUACCGUGUAAAACAGGACAGACAAAAACAGCUACGGGGCAUUUGUACUAUGCAGUAUUUCCAGUCAUUUAUCAUUGUGCUGUUUCUUUUCUUUCCUUUUUAAAUUAUUUCUGUCCUCUGUUGGAUUAUCAGUACUGAAUAUUGUUAUUCUAUUGUUAAAAAAAAAACAAAAACUUUAAACAAGGUCCUUUUUUUAUCUGACAAUUUACUCUAGGAACGUAUAUUGCCUCUGAAGAGCUGGAGAGUCGGACAGAUUAAGGCAAGGUCAACCUUCACGUUCUCUUGUUUUGAAAGUGCCAAAAACCACAAGCAUCAUCUUGUGGCUGAAGAAAGCACCACAGCCUUGAGAAGACGGCAAACUCAUGUGAACAUAGAAAACAAAAGGACAGAUAUGCGGACACAAAGACUCCUUUUAUAGUAGUGAUAUUCUAUUAAAAAAUGUUUUAACUGUUGGGAUCUCUGAAAGACAGUGAUGCAUGUCCAGAGGUGUUGGCCAGUGCUCACUGAAUGAGUCAUCCUGAAGUGGUUCUAGGGUAGUCAAGUCAACUUAAAGAAGGAUUUUCUCUUUUGAAUACCUGCUUAAAAACAUGAUGUCUACGCACACAAACGUACAUGCACAGAGACAUCCUCUUAUAUCAUCCCUCUUCUGUGCACUGACAUUACCUUCUCCUCCAUCUGUCCUCCAUAUCUGACACAUUUCUUGUCCUUGCACCAGUCCCCUUUAUGCUCUCUUGCUUACAAAUAUAUCCAUUGUAAGUUAUAAGACAUCAUUUUUUUUCUUUUUUUUCCAGCUUACAUAUUCAGUAUGUGUAUCAAACCCAGCAUAUAUUAGAAUCAACCAAAAACAAAGUCCUCGGUAGAGUGAAGGGAUUUUUAUAUCAGCAGUUGUCUUGGCUUGUUUUAAAUGUCAGCGCAGUUAAACUUUUAUUGAAAGGGAUAUUUUACACACUGCUCGGAGGAGACAGCCUAGGUGCACUCUGACAUUUUGAUACUAUAAUUUUUGCGAAAAAACCCCAAACCAAACUUAGAAUACAUUAACCAGGCUAAAACGUGGCGGAUAUUUAAUGCAAAGUGAUGCAGGAGGAGCUGAAACACACUUAUUUUUCCUUUCCCCACUACCAAAGUAUUUGAAAUGAUUAAAGUCAGUUACCUUGAUUUGCUUUGCGUCAGCCAUAACUUGAAGAAGUGAGGUAACGAGAAUCUACCACCAGCAGCACGAGUCUUAAAAUCGCCUCACUUUCUGCUCGCAUUACAGAGACAUGUGGCUUAUUUUCCUGCUGUACCGGCUGGUUUGAAGGUGUUUCUGUACGAUAGCCCGACCGUUUCACAGCGAGAAUCAACGGUCAUCCAGCUGUCUGCUCCGCUUCUUGCUUAUCUUUGAUGUGCCCAUCAUUUUAAAUCUGCCCAUCAGGUUCUGUCAAUCACCAUCCCUCAAAACCAGGCUGCCAACUCGACACAGCUUGAAGGUACCGCUGCAGCGUCUCUUGUUCUUUUAUUAGCCACGGAAGCUUUCUGCCUCCAUCCUUUUUCAUCCGCAGGUUUUCAUGCUUGGAAAUUCAUGCAUAUUAUCAUUUAUCAUCCUGUAGUAGAACGCAACAUAUUUUGAUCACUCUGUCGUUUAAAUGAACAUUUCAUAUUCGUGGCAACAAACUCUGCACAUCUUCAAAUACAGUACAUCUAAUCCCCCAGUAAGAAGCUGCUGUGUUAUCGACCCACAGAAUUGUGUGUAUUUACAGUAUAAUCAUCGAUAUAAUCAUGGAGGUGCCCGGUAAUGUGUGUUUUAUUAUUGCAGCAGUAAACUCAUUUGGUGUUCAUUAUGUUCAUAGGACAAAGAGAUGCGCACUUAGGUGUGUGCAGUGAUUUAAUGGAAACAUUUAAACACACACAGACACACACCAUGCAGAGUCAUUCCCAGGAUCCUCACAAACAGUUAAUGUACACUUUCUGUAGCUCCAUAUAUAAUAACAGGUUUAAAUCAAAUUGCCAAGCAGAUGGCAAAGAAAGAAGACCCACAAUUCAUUGUUUUUUUAAUGAAAGGUAUUUCUAUCCAUUUGCCGAAUGUCCCUAAGAAACUCGUGAGAGCUUGAAGGCUCUCGCUGCUCUCAGUGCUAACUUCUUAAACACUCAAAACAUUUACAGGGGGUGCUAAAUCAAGCGUAGUUGGAAUGAGAUUGCCAAUUACCUUGAAGGCACGAAGAGCAGUAGAGUAAGAAUUAAAACAAAUCCCACAGAAACACUGGGCGACCUUCUCUGGGAGACCACUGAGAGAGACGGCUCGGUUUGGCUGCUAUGUUUUAUAUGCUUUAUUUUUCUUAUGUUGACAUUUUUAUUCCAUUAUAAAUACAUUUCUUAAAACAACCUCAAUUCUCUGGGAUUGCUGGCUUUGUCUCCUUUGUUUUUUGUUCUGCUGUGAUGUAUUUGACCUUCUGGGCUGUUUAGAUAUGUCAUGCUAAAUAGCUUCUGAGUGCGCUUUCUUUCUAUUUUUUUGUUUUUUGGGGGUUUGUUUUAGGUGAGGAGGGGGGCAUUAUACAACCGGGAGAAAUAUGCAGAGCACGCAGCUGCUUUGUUGUGACAUAUACGCAUGCAGAGAAGCAUCAGGGACGUAUGGGUUUCUGGAUGAGUACACAGAACAACUAUCGAGUGAACCAGAAGGAUCUGAUGCACCCACGUCUCGUUUCUCCCCCAUAACUGAAUUAACGUCUGCUCACUCGUGAAUCCUUUGAACAGCUGAGAAUUUGUGUGGGUAGGCAGUCUAACAGAGGCUAAUGAGUUUAACAGCUCGCUCAUGUGCUGUAUAAGCGUCCACUCACUCGUAGCCCAUCUAUCACUGUGAUUUUUCAGUGGAUAUUUCCGUCUCCUCGGGACAGUGAUUGAACGCCACACAACACCCUUGGUCUGAUUUAUACUUGAAUUCAGACUGCAUCUCCCUCUCCUCUCUCCUCCUCGAGUGCCUGCCUCACAAUCUUCCCAUUGCAGCGUUAGAGAUGACAAGUUUUCUUUUCAGUUUGUCACCACCCACAGCACGCACACACAUGCAUUAAAAGCGUGACACACUAAACACUCACCGCCACCUGUAUGUCACAGCUGUGUCAACUUUAUUUUAUCGUGCUCGUGCUUUUUCUUUUUACCCCUGGUGCUCCAGGUUCAUGAAUUAAGCGCAUCUCUACCCACCCUCUGCCUAGCUGCUGUUGGAUUUAUGGAGCACAUGAUGAGCAUUGAGUGCCUGCAGAGGUGGGUGAACAAUCUACUUCACUCCUCGAGCUCACCCAGCUGUAGCACAUAGCAAUACCAGUUUCCUUGUAGUUGAUUGCUGUCGUGCAAGGAUUAAGGAAUUACAGUGUACCGUGUAGUCACCCUAACAGCUAACAUCCACAUACACUUGGAAGAAUAGCUUGUUCCAUGUUUGUUUUUUGCUUCUUUUUGGGGGGGGAAACCUGCCUAUAACAUUUUGGGAUAUUGAGAUUAUUUAAAAAAUAUAUAUAUAUAUUGUCUAUACUGUUGCAUUUAGUAUGACUUGACUGCCUUUUUAAAAUGGUAAUUAUUGAAUCUAUUCAUUUUAUUCCUGCUAAUAUUGCAUCCCUCUGUCAAACAAUUGCUUUUUCCUGGCAGUAUUCAUAACAGUAUUCAAGACAGAAAGGCACUGCUACACAUUUUUUAGUAAGCGCUUUCCUGCUGAUUUUAUUAUUUGCAAUUAAGUGAUUGCAAUUAUUUGCAGAAGGCUUCUUGUUGUUGUGUGCUCAAAGAAAAGGUAUUCAGAUUGCAGAAAUUCUCUACAAGGUGAGACGCUGUCAGGGCUGUUAUACAGCCUUUUGUUCGCUGACAGUUGUUGAACAUAUUGACCAAGACAUCUUGACAUUGUUUGUCUUUCAGAGAAAUAAA